GUAUAAAUGUGUGUGUGUGUGUGUGUGUUAUGGCAAUGUUAUGACACAAACACAUCCUUAAUGAUAACAAUGAGACUUUUGAAAAUAGACAAGGCUCUUAUUGGUUUGGCUUGAGUUCCAAAAAGCCUGGCCUGCAAUUCUAGCCUCGGCCAUUAGAUGGAGCCAGAGGACACGGCAUUGGCAUGGGCAUUGGGCGCCUCUCCCUUGCAGAAGUGGUGCUGAACUGCAUUAAAUGGAUGGUGUGGAUGCAGUCUAGGGAAGUCUGUGGGGGCCUGGUGGCUCUGAGGUCACAGAGGCAGGAAGUGAUGUCAUGGCUUCCCAGCAAGGCCAUGGCCCAGGGCAGCGGGAGGGGCAGAGCCCAGGGCCAGCAGGGGUCAGCCGGGAAAGAGCAAAGGUCAGGCCGAGGAGAGAUCCAUAGGCGGGCUGGACGUGAGAGAGAUGACCUCGGAGAAGGAGCCCCCGGUGCCCGCGGUGCCCCCCGUGCCGCCCCCGCCCUGCGCCUCCGCCCGCGGCCUCUUCGACACGGCCAUGGGGCCCCUCCAGUGCCAGCUGCGCGCCGGCGAGUACAACAUCUUCAAGUGGGCACCCAUGUUCGAGGCCGACUUCGUGCAGGUGAGCAAGCAGGGGGGCGCCCUGGACGUCCACAACCAGGUCCAGCUGGUCCGAGCGGCCAUUGUGGCCACCAGCCCCAGCCUCCAGGUGCCCAACGUCCUGCUCCUGGCCCGACCCUUGACCCCCGCCACUGACCCACGGGCCCCCCACAAGCCCCUCGGCAACAACAGCGCCGCCGCCAAGAGCCCCGGCGCCAGGUUCGAGCUGACCAGGCUGCUGCCCUUGUGCUUCGUGAAGAUCUCCAUCCACAGCCUCGAGCGGCAGCAGCUGCGCUUCAAGCUGGCCACCGGACGCACCUUCUACCUGCAGCUCCUCCCUCCGCCAAGCGAGGGCGCCGCCCCGUCCACCGACUUCCAGGCCUGGGUCAAGGUCGUCCACCUGCUGCGACCCCCCGCCGACCCCGCCGGGGAAGAAGUCGGCCAGGCCCAGGAGCUGGCGGCCGCCGGGCUCAGCCUCCUCCACACGCCCCUGGUCAGCACCAGAGAAACACAGCCCCUGUCUGUGGAGGCCCCUCCGGAGAAGGAAGAGGAGGAAGCGGAAGAAGAAGAAGAAGAAGAAGAAAGAAGAGAAGGAGGAAAGGACGAAGAGGAGGAAGAAGAGGGGGAAGAGGAAGAGGAAGAGGAAGAAGAGCAGGAGGAGGAGGAGGAGGAGGAGGAGGAGGAGGAGGGCCCCGCACUGCCGUUAAUGGGGGCCCCGGCGGGGGACGCGGUUUCGGAGUCGGCCUGGGAGGAGCCCCCGCCUCCGCCGUCGCCCACCGAAGAGACCCAGAUGCAGAGGGCCAAGGAGCGGGCCCCCCCAAGCAGGAAACACCACCCAAGGAGCAAGUCCGGCAAAUCGCGCCGGAGCCAUUCCUCCAAGAGAGCCUCCAGCCGCAGCCACGGCCGCAUCUCUUCUCUCUUCCGGACCUCCUUCUCCGGCGCCGGACUGAGAUCCCGGAAAGCGGCCAACAAGAGCCAAGACCGGCACCACUGAGACCCAGGACUGACUUUCAUAAUAAAGACCGUGGUAGAACGAGGACAA